AUGGAGAAACGAAGCGGAGGAAGCAGGUGGAACAGAGGCACUGCCACCCCACCUGGCGAAGCAGAAAUAAAGGGAUGGCUGUACAAAUGGGCCAAUUAUAUCAUAGGCUAUCAGAAGAGGUGGUUCGUCCUUUACAAUGGACUUCUUUCCUACUACAGGACCCAGGCAGAAAUGUCUCACACAUGCCAGGGGACUAUGACUAUGCAUGGAGAGACAAUCAUCACUGAAGAUUCGCGUAAUUUUGUGGUGUCAAAUGGGGCUACUCAGACUUGGCAUUUGCGAGCAAGUACGGAGGUGGAUCGACAGCGCUGGGUCAAAGCAUUAGAAUUGGCCAAAGCCAAAGCUAUCAAAAUGUUGGAGUUAGAUAUGACAACAUGCGAAGAGUUGAUUCGGAAACAUGGAACGAGUCUCCAGCGUGCUCUGGGAGAACUGGAGUCCUUGCAUGCUCAAGCUGGUACCGAGGGAAAUGAUGCCAUGACAGUUGCUGCUAAGGUUCCCAGUCAUUUGAAGACUGUCAGUGAGAGAGCCAUUCUCUUUCGUAUCACUUGUAAUGCCAUGAUCAAGGCCAGUUCGGAUUAUGUUGACCUGGCGACCAAUCAAGGUCGCAAGUGGCAGCGCCUUCUACAGCAUGAAAGGGAUCAGCGAAAUCAGUUUGAAGAGAUGGUGAUGGCUUUGGCCAAGCAGCUCUCUCACAAGGAAGAGAGCGUAAAAGUCCAUGCAAGUUCCCCAUUUCAAGCUCCUCCGGUGACUGGGGUUGCCAAAACCAACAGCAGCAUCCUCACGGAGUCUAAAUCCGAUGAAGGAGAGUUGGUUGAUGCUCAUGUGGAGGGUCAUGAACCAAAGAGUACCUCUCUUGAUUUCGUUGUUCAUGAAUGUCACAAACUAUCAUUUACUGUGGACAGUCUCCCAGCCACUGUUUCCUCAUCUUCCAUUGGGAUGAGGCACUGA